GGUGAGGCGCCGUUUGAGACGCCCGUCUUUGUCCGGUGUGGACCGUGCGAGAGAGAGAGAGGGAGGGGACGGAGCCAGCGCGGAAGCAACUUCGCAGGUUCUCUUCUCGUCCUAGACCAAAUCUGGAGAUCCUCACAAUCACACCCAGAAAUCCUGGCUAGAUAAACUCGGCACAGGCUCGACUUCCCGCAUAGGCAGGAUCCGACCGAUCUCCCAUCCGAAUCUCGCUAUUUCCUUCAUUUAAUCGCGACUCCAGGGCUUGCCUUCUCCUCCCCUACCACUCCGCGGCUCCCCAGGCGGACCCUUCAUAUACCCGACCCUGGCAUGUCAAUGUCGACCUCGACCUCCUCCCCUUCCCUUAAGCGAGAGUCUACCAUGUUCACCCAGCCAUCCCAGCCCUCGCCAUCUCCUCGCCGCCGUUACGUCUGCAGCCAAUGCGACCGCAGCUUCACCACCAGCGGCCAUCUCGCACGCCACACGCGAGUCCACACCGGCGAACGCAACCACAAGUGCCCUUUCCCCGGCUGUGAGACGCGAUGCUCGAGGCAGGACAAUCUCCAGCAACAGUGAGUGCCAUCCCUUUCUGCUUCGAAGCCUGCGAUAGCUAGGCGCGUGCAGGCGCUUACACGCUUUCGCUGCGUUCUCCCGUAGCGAUAUUUUCCCCCGAUUUUCCCUCUCUCUUCUCCUCUCGAGUCCGUGC